GCUCUUUCUUUCCCCGAUGGACGCAAACGAAAUUGAUCUGGAUGAUCUGGACAAAUCCGAUAUCAGUAGUGACUGGGAUAGUUCGGUGGAUGAAGCGCCUGUGAUGGAAGUCGUCGAAUCCCGUGGGGAACAAGAGGUUCAGGAAGAGCGGAUGAUUGCUGAAGAGCAGCUGAGAGAAAUGCAGAGUGAUGAGGAACCCGACAGUAUUCCUCGCACAAAGCACGAGAUUGGACAGGAAGAAUUGAAAGUGGAUGAGAUUACAGAGGUAUUGGAUACAAGCGCGGUUCUGAUCCACGCCGGAUAUGUUUCACACGUGCUGGAAGGCAGCUAUGUCAUCGAUGCAGGCCUUAAUGCAAAGGCUGUUGAAGAGAAUACAGUAUUGUACAAGAAGACGCUAGAGCCCAUUGGUCGUAUCAUGGAAGUGUUUGGUCAAGUGGAACAUCCCUUUUACAUUUUGCGCUGGCCAGAGAACAUGGAAGAUCCUCAUUUGCAAGAAAACGACGAAGUUUACAUGAACAACACAACGAUCCAGUACAUUUUGCCCGCUCAACUCAACCACAUCGGAACUGAUGCUUCCAAUGUGUAUGACGAGGAGCCCAACGAAAAAGAGAUCGUUUCGAUCGAGUGUACGGAGGAUCUACGAGGCGGAGAAGUGGUCGACGAGUCCGAGAUCGUUGACUACCAGCGAGAUUAUGUUAUACCUUCGCUGCCAAACUCUAAUGAUGGCGAAUCCAAUGCAGACAGCGAUGCCGAAUCCAAUGCAAUAUCCUAUGCAAACAGCGACAUUCAACCCUUUCAUGUCUGCAGUUGCUCCACAGCCAGCGCAGUCGGCGCAGUCCGCACAGCCAGCGAAUGA